AUUGUAUAUGACGCAGUGUUACCAUUCGCCUCUGCUGCUACUGUAAUUGGGGAUACCAACCAGUAUAUCUAGCCGGGACCGACAUCAUGUUUUACACUUUCCAGGGUGUCAAGGGCAAGACCGUGGAUCGGUCCCCUCAAUCGUCAUCGGACGGCAAUCGGUCACAAGACGCAGCCGGCGGCAAGGCUGGUAAGAGUCUCCACGCCUGUCUCGAGUGCCAGCGCCGCAAGAUCCGCUGCGACGGGAAGCAGCCUUGCAAUCGGUGCCAGACUAGUCGAUCACGGAGAAGAUGCGUGUAUGAGCAGCAUCGCCAGCGUCUUGUUCCAUCCAGAAAUUGUUAACUUCCUUUACGUAGAUCGCUAGAGGAAAUAUCACGGAGUCUUGAAGAGUGCCGUUCUGUGCUACGGCGCCUAUACCCUAAUCAUGAAGUCUCACAACUUUUGUCGCUGUCU